AUGAAAACUGAAAGAGCUAAUGAACCUGACAAAGCAGAAGAAACUGAUGAAGAUGAUGAAGUAGAAGAAGCUGACAAAGCAAAAAAAGUUAAAGAUAUAGAAAAAGUAGAAGAAGUGGUGAAAGCAGAAUGA